UUGCCUGAAUGUUGACGUGUUAAGUUGAUGUAAACGGGAAAACGAUAAAAUUAUGUAUUCGUCAGUGGAAUUCGUUAAUAACACAAAUUGUGGCAAUAUUUCGAGGAAAUAGUUUACAACAUUAUGUGGGGAAACCAGAUCUACUUGGCCGGAGUUUUGUAGAAGCCCCAAAUUUUAUUUACACCUUUACAUUCCUGACAUUUAUCCUUAGCAAAAAAAAAAUAUCAUUAAUUAUUGGUCUGUGAUAGCUAAUUAUUUUUUGUAAUGUUAAAACUAUCAUUUAACAAUUUAAAGUAGAAAGGUGAUAAAAAUGUUGUACGGAAGAUUAAGAAUACACACUUGCAGAGUUAUUCUCCUAACCUCUUUAGUUUGGUUUUUGGUUGAUGUUGUUAUUCUAAGUUUUUAUUCCGACUGUUUGGGUGGUUCAUGCAAAUCGAAAUCCACACAGCUCAGUGAGAGUCAAGCAUUUGAAGGCGAUGAAUUCGUAAAAACUUUAAGUGAUGAUGAAGUCAGAGAUGAAGAAAUUAGAGCUCAAAGGAACAUAGCAUCCGAAAAUACUGGGGUGCCUGUCACAUACAAUUCACUGCACUUAAAAAGGUGGAGACCUGCUCCAACAGUUUUGCCUGCACCAGGGCGAGUGGGUGAGAAGGGAAAAGCAGUUCAUGUGCCUCCUGAAAAAGAAGAUCUAAUGAAGGAGAAAUUUAAACUAAAUCAGUUUAAUCUAUUAGCAAGUGACAUGAUCUCGUUAAACAGGUCAUUGCCUGAUGUUAGGUUAGAAGGGUGCAAGACCAAACUUUACCCUAAGCUUCUUCCAACUACAUCUAUUGUGAUUGUUUUUCAUAAUGAAGCUUGGACUACUUUGUUGAGAACUGUGUGGAGUGUGAUUAAUAGGUCUCCAAAAGCAUUGCUUAAGGAAAUUAUACUUGUUGAUGAUGCUAGUGAAAGAGAAUAUUUAGGCAAAAAACUAGAAAAUUAUGUUAAAAACUUGCCUGUUCCCGUAUAUGUCUUGAGGACUGAGAAAAGGUCUGGGCUUAUUAGAGCUCGAUUACUAGGAGCCAAAAAAGUUACUGGUCAGGUCAUCACAUUCUUAGAUGCACAUUGUGAAUGUACAGAGGGUUGGCUAGAACCUCUUUUAGCUAGAUUAGUAGAGAACAGGAAAACAGUUGUAUGUCCCAUCAUUGAUGUAAUAUCUGACGAAACAUUUGAAUAUAUCACAGCAUCAGACAUGACCUGGGGAGGAUUUAAUUGGAAACUGAAUUUUAGAUGGUACCGCGUAUCCCAAAGAGAAAUGGAAAGAAGAGGUGGAGACAGAACAGCACCAUUGAGAACGCCAACUAUGGCAGGUGGACUAUUCUCCAUAGACAAAGACUAUUUUUACGAAAUAGGUGCCUAUGACGAGGGUAUGGAUAUCUGGGGGGGAGAAAAUUUAGAAAUGAGUUUUAGGGUGUGGAUGUGCGGGGGCCAGCUGGAAAUAGCGACUUGUUCACACGUGGGCCAUGUGUUUAGGAAGUCUACUCCCUACUCGUUCCCUGGUGGCACAUCUCGUAUAGUCAACCAUAACAAUGCCAGAUUGGCCGAGGUGUGGCUUGAUCAGUGGAAGGAUUUCUACUAUAAUAUUAACCCAGGUGCCCGAAAUGUUCCAGUGGGAGACGUUUCGUCGCGAAAGGAAUUAAGAGAAAAACUGAAAUGUCAAACUUUCAGAUGGUAUUUAGAAAAUAUUUAUCCCGAAUCUCAAAUGCCGUUAGACUACCAUUACUUAGGCGACAUUCGAAAUGUAGAGACGAGAAAUUGUUUGGAUACAAUGGGUAGAAAAUCUGGUGAAAAUUUGGGGAUGACCUAUUGCCAUAAUAUGGGCGGCAAUCAAGUGUUUGCCUACACGAAACGACAACAAAUAAUGAAUGAUGAUAAUUGUCUGGACGCUAGCAACAAAAAUGGUCCGGUAAAACUUGUUAGAUGUCAUGGUAUGGGUGGCAACCAAGCGUGGGUAUAUGAUGAAGUCGAUAAAACAAUUAAGCACGUAAAUACAGGUAGUUGCCUCCAAAAGCCCGACAAUAGUGACGUGAACCUGCCGUUGCUGAGACCAUGCAAUUAUGAAGAGGGACAACAGUGGAUCAUGGAAAGUGACUUCAAGUGGCAAGCGAAACGGCAUCCAGAAAACAGAUAGAAUCAAUUUACCCAUUGAAACGUAAAAUUGUGAUAAAAGAGUUGUAAAAGAAUCUGUUGAGUUAGAGUUCCUCUAAAAUAGAGACAACGAUAGAUAUACCUCAUUCUCGCCUAUGUUGCGCCUAUUGGAGAUUUUAUCGCUGAUGGUUCUGUCGUCGGAAUUUCGUUGAAUAUUCAAUUGUUCUAUUAAACUAUUGUGUUGUAAUUGUGAUUAUCUCAAUAAUUAGAGUUAAUAUAUCGCCUUAGAAUCAGAGACAAACAAAACUUAAACGGUCAUAUUAUUCAGGACAUAUUAUUCAUAUCUUGCAGGUUGUACUAAGAAUUUGGUUUCCAUUUUUUUCCCAGUCCAAACACGGAAUUUUAUGUUAGUUUGUUGUUAUUCCCAAAAAAUAUUCUCCCAUUGUUAUGAGGGAAAAGAAUGUUGAUUGUCGUCCCAAAUUGAUAGUAAACCAAAUUAGAAUUUUGAGCAACAUCUAUUACUAGAAACCACCGAGACAAUCUUUACAAAAUCUGGGACUUAGCCUUAAGCUUUUUUUUCAAUUUUAUAAUUUUUGUAAACUAAAAGGAAAUAGUACUAAACUAGAUAUAUGCCUCAAAGGUUUUCCCUCGUAUAUAGGAUUUUCAUCCAUAUUAUUUUGUAGUACACUGAAUACAUAUCACUAAUCUAUAAUUGGCAGGCGUUUAGAAAUUAUGCUAUGUUCGUCGAAAACAUUAUUUGACAAACAACAAAAAUAACAACUAGCGAGAAUGAACUAUUUAUCAGCCCAAAAUAGCAAUUUUAUUGGUACUUUUUCGAUUAAGUUCUUGAUAGCUCAUAGCGGCAAAAUAAUAUUAUGAAUGAACUUGUAUUUUCUCAGAAGUUUUAUUUUUGUAGUUUCAUUUCUUAUAUCCAUAAGAAGGUAUAUACCAUUGUCCUUUGCAUUUAUUGUCAAUCUAACCAUUCCAUUUGUUGACUAAAGACACUCCUGCCUCAGGCACCACUGUAAAUAUUGUCCAAACAAAUUUAUUUCUACUAAGCUAUUAAUCGAGGUGACGAAACUUUGGAUAAAAAAAAAAGAUUGUAUCUGACUGCCAUUGUAAAUAUGUGAGAGAAUAUUAACUAUUAAAUUAGUACUCCCAUUUUUAUUUAUUUUCUAGUGUGAUCUGCUGCUAUUAUGGUUAAGUUUUUGCUAACUUGUAUAGAAAUCUGUAUGAUAGAAGAAAGCAUAUCAUAAUAUUUGACAAUAUCAUAGUCACUUUUUGAAAAACUCUUAAUUUGCUCAUAGGGUAUAUCUGCAAUUCUUCCUAUUUUUAAUUAGGUAAUGGACUUGUGUAAGUUAUUUUGGUUGCUCAUUUUGUCUUAAGUUGUAGCAAUAUAUUGAUCAAAAUUUGUUGUAUAUAAUUGCCGAAUUUAGUGUAUCUAAAACAUAUCUGAUUAUUGAGUUUGUUACCGAAGUUUUCUGAAUUGUUCAUGUAAGAUUUGUUAAUUUAGCCUUAAUAGUCAUCUCUGGGAUGUAAAAGUUUUCUGUUACAGACUAUCAUUUCUCUAAUCAUUUUUAAAGGCUAGGUGGUGGUGCAAUCCAGCUUAUUAUUCUAAAUUAAAAAUAACAUAUUUAAUAUAGAUUUUAUUUUA